UUAUGAGUUGGGUCUGUGGUACCUAAAGAUGAAGCAUUCCCAGGGAAGAUUCCCAGGGAGUCAGGGAGACAGUUGGGUCUCAGGUACUGUCAGGAAGUCUUGCUUGGUCAGAGCUAGGACUCAAGAGCAUUCAGGCAUCCCUGCUCAGGUAUUAGGGAACCAGGAAGGGCCGGUUGCAACAUAGGGGCGGCAUUGGUGAGGGGCUGCAGGGGCGGCGCCUACCCUGGAAAGAUGGGCCUCAGGGUCAGGAUAAGGAGCAUAGACUUCCUUCAGGUGAGGGAAGGCUCUCAGCACUUGUGCCCUGGGUGCAGAGGGAAUUCAGCACUCAGCAGGGUCUAAGCUGGACAUGAAAGGCUAGACUAAGAGAUUAGGAUGACAGAGAAAUAGGUAGCAGAUAGACUGGAAAGGAUGUGACUGCAGACUGGGUGUUGGGUAUCCAGAUAAAUUGCAGGUCUUUCUUCUUGUUAAGGUGAGGAAACAGGCUGGGAAAAAGAAUUCAGUUUGGAUAAACUGGGUCUGAAUCAAAUGCAGGAUCCACAGGCAGCAGGGACACAGGAAGGACAUCCUGACUGGGAGAGCAGUAGAGAGUAAAUAAGGGCCCAGGGAUAGCAUAGAGGAGGAGAGGAGAGCCACAGCUGAUGUUUAGGGACCCAAGGAGAAGCCUGAGGAGGAGACGGGACAGAAGCGGCCUGAGAGGCGGGAGGUACAAGUCCUGUGCUGAGGAGCUGUCCGGCUGCCCCGGUCAAGCCCCCACCAUGGGCAACGCGCAGGAGCGGCCCUCAGAAACUAUCGACCGAGAGCGGAAACGCCUAGUGGAGACGCUGCAGGAGGACUCAGGGCUGCUGCUGGAUGCACUGCUGGCGCGUGGCGUGCUCACUGGGCCCGAGUAUGAGGCGUUGGAUGCACUGCCUGAUGCCGAGCGAAGGGUGCGUCGCCUGCUGCUCCUGGUGCAGAGCAAGGGAGAGGCCGCCUGCCAGGAGCUCCUGCACUGCGCCCAGCGUACUACGCGUGCACCAGACCCGGCCUGGGACUGGCAGCACGUGGGCACUGGCUACCGGGAACGCAGCUACGACCCUCCAUGCCCGGGCCACUGGACACCUGAGGCACCUGACUUGAGAACCAAUUGCCCUGAACUGCCCAGAGCUUCAGAAUGCGACGAGGUUGGGGUUCCCGGGGGCUCUGAGGCAGUGGAAUCCGGAACCCGCGAGGAACUGGAUCCAGAACUAGAAGCAGAGGUCUCAGAAGGGGCUGAGCCAGAGGGAGAACCCCAAAUGGAUUCGGAACCAGAGUCAGCACCUGAACUGGAGCCAGAACCUGAACCAGAGCCAGAGCCAGAGCCCGACUUCGAGGGGGGUGAUGAGUCUGAAGAUUCUUGAAUGCCAGAGUGCUGACAGGCUGCUCCCUGCCCAAAGCAGACAGGACCUGGGAUCCUGCUAUGGCAUUGGGGAGGAUGCCACCAAGUCUCCACCUGACCCAGUACCACUGGAAGUGAAUAAACUCCGGAGGGUUACCUUG